AUGCCGCCAAAGAAAGGAAGAAACAAAAAAACUCUAAAGCAUAAACGAACUGAAGCAGAAGAUGAAGAACAUGAACGUGAGGUUGUAAGUGGAGAUGACUGCGAGGUCGUCGGUGAUGAGGACUGUGAUGAGGUUGGAAACGAAGCUGCUGAUGAGGAAGAGGAUGGAAACAAUUUAGGAGUCCAAGAAGAAGGGUGCCAAGACUUAUGUGUACACUUCGGAGAGGCUGCGAGGGAUGAGGAAGUUGGAAGUGAUGCAGACAGUGGAGAUGAUAUUUGGAAUGAUGAUAGGAUUCCCGAUCCUUUGUCAUCAGAAGACGAAGACGACGAAGAAGAGUCAGCGCGUAGAGAGACUGAAGAUCCUGAUGAGCUGUUAGCAUAG